AUGGCACCACGCCGCUCCAGCUAUCCUUCGCCUUCGCCGAGUGAUAUAGCAGGCAGGCUAUUUCCAGAGCAGCCCGCUGGAGCCGGCCCCGACGACAGCCUCGGUACUACGGCCGCCAGAGGCAAGGGGCCAGCCCUCGCCAACACUGACGCUCCCGUCGGCUCGUCUCGUUCGGCCGCAUCACAACAGCAGCUACACGAAUAUCGAGAGAAACUUGCGCGCGAUCUGGAGCUCCGCGAGAUGUCGGCUAGGGGAAUUUCCGCGACGCAGGCGGACAAGCCACGCGUGUCGCCCAUACUGGAGGAGACGGCGUCCAAUUCUCCUCUGCAUCUGGCCAUGCCGACCAAUGCGUCGACUGAGUCCGGAAACACGAUCCGAGGCGGCGUAACACCAGGAUUCGUCGCGGGCACACCUUCAUACCCAUUCCCGCGCAUGGGAGCGUCCAAUGUCGGCCCCCUGUUUCUCCAAAAGUCUCUGGGAUCACCCCUUCCGGGCUCCAGGCUCCCCUACUCGCUCGGCUCGGAGCAGCGUGGCGUGCUGGACAGGGUGCUUUCUGAGAACUCUACACCCGCCUCCAACUACACAUUCAAUCCCUCUGGCGCCUCCCCCCAGAUGGAGAAUUUCGACUUUCCCGCCCCUAACCUGUACGACUUGUCGUUGAUGCUCAGCGCAGAGCCCGGCCUGGAUGCCUGGUGGAAUACGGUUGUCCAGAUCAUGCGAGAUGUGUACAAGGCCGAGCGCGUCACGUUAGCUGUUCCGGCGGAUACCACCGAUAUCGAGAACGUCCCUUGGGGUCAGAAGGCGACAUACAAUGAACACCACGAAGAUGAGCUCAGCAUGGGCUACAUGGCCAAGGGAAGCAGCGCGAUGGAAAGCAGUGAGCGCGACGCUUCUUCCGACAACGUGGUUUCCAUGAACGCCGUGAUUGAGCCAGCCACACCCACUCGACCCGGCUUGCCAAGUCGACACUCAUACACAAGCUACGAGGAGAGCAGGCAACGGUCGCAGGAGACGACGCCAAGCGCCAUGCGAAGGCCGGCUCAAUUGACAAGGAGCAAGACCCAUUUCCCCUCAGUCCGUCUGCCAAGCCAAGUUGGUGAGAGCUAUGUCAAACUCAACAAGGAUGCACUGGAUCAGCACGACGCCUCCGACGAAACUCAAGAGGUUCCCAGCUGGGAAACGCCGUUUGCUGCGCGGUAUGAAGGCCAAGGGCGGGUAUUACCUGUGCUCCAGGCUUUGGAUUAUGAGGCAGAUCCCCUUAUAGACCACGCGGGGGUAAUGAGAGUGCUCCAACGCGGACGGCCUGUUGCCCUGACGAGGAGCUACCCGUACCUCCCGCCCACCAAUCCCUUGGGUCAAGAUCAAGCGACAGAUCCGCAGCAGGGAUCGAAGCCUAGCUCAGCUGACUCGACGAAGCGACCUAGAAAACAGCGAUCCGAGUCCAUCUCCAAGCUUUCUUCCAUGUUCGCGGGCCCUACGCGAGCCAAAAACAGCUCUGCAGAAAACGCCGCGACAAUAGCGUCAUGCUUGGAUGACCACGAACCAAGACCACCCACGCCCCGGUACGAGGAGUAUGAACAAGCCCCGCCAUCUCCUUGGUCACAAUCACCCGCCCCGUCUCCCGCCGUGCGGGCGGAUCCGAAGGAGAACCCCUUCUUCACCGACGCCAUGGUAGACGAAGACUCAUUCAAUCCCGGUUCGGCCCCAACUUCUUACUCGGGCAUGAGGCCCCCAGAAGCUAUUGGAGUUGACAAUUCAUGGACCGUACUACACAUACCUCUCACGCAUGUGCUACUGUCUCGGCCCACGCGGCCGUUCAAGCUUGAUGCCACAGCCAUGGAGCAACGAUCUCACACCCGCGCCAAAGAAGGGGCGACUGCUGAUCGGAACGAGCCGCACGAGUCGGAGCGCCUAACACCUGAUCACCUGCGGAAGGACAAGCAUGCCCCCAUCGCCAUCUUGUCCAUACUCAGCCCCAUCAUACCAUAUCCUUCCAAUCUGCGGCAAUCUCUGGAACACCUUGCUCCGCAUAUGGCUACGUCUUUCUCCAUGUGCCGCCAUUACACAAACUUGGAGAUCGAGUUGGCUGGCAUUCAGCGGCGACGGCCAGCCACAGCAGGCUUCGGCGCCGUGACACCAUUCCCGCGGCAUGUCAACAACAUACCGUACCUGGCGCCUGGCGACAGUGCGUUGCAGCAAUCUCUAGGAGGCAGCAUAACCAGCCCUAGCGACUAUUCCGGAGUGUCCAAGAGUGCCACAGGCUCUCCACUUGGGACUCCUGGUUGGGAUCAGGGAUCUCUCAACUUUCUCGUCGACAAGAGGCAGCCCGCCGGCAGCCCAGCAGCCAUUGCUCAGGGGGCCGAAAGCUAUUUCAGCAGUAAACAGAGGCCGUCUUCCGCGCGGCAUGAUACCUGGGGCCCGGGGCCCCAGGUUUCGAGGACAGGGUCAAAGGACAGCUCCCCUGGGGAAAAGAGGCAGUCCUUUUUGCUGGCUUCGAAAUCGAAUCUGGACCGUCCCGCCGAGAAACUCCCAUCAGAUGUCGAUGAACCGUCGGUACAGGCAAGGAGUCAACCCGCCACCAGGAAUAGCUUUGUCUCGGCGGCGGAGGCUCCAAACGAUAACGCAGUAGCAAAAGGUGCCGAUAGGGUUGGCCAACCGACAAAGGGCGAACCGACUCACCCUUCACACGGCCAUACUGUCCUGCACAGCUACGGUGCGGACUUUGCCUCAACCUUCCAGUCCCUCCCGCCAAGCUCUAGUCUCAACCGUCAACUUCCACAAACUCCUUCGGCCCCACCGCGCAGCGGCUCUCUUACGGCACUAGGGGUAGACAUGCCGCCACCUUCUGACAGGCUAAAGGGCCUGAUAUUGGAUUCAUUACCAGCCCAUGUCUUUGUGUCUCUACCGCAAACCGGAGAGACGGUUUGGGUGAAUAGCCGCUUCCUCUCCUAUCGCGGUCAGACUGUCGCAGAUUUGUCGGCAGACCCGUGGGGCAGCAUCCAUCCCGAUGACCGCGAAGGGUAUCUGAAGGCUUGGGGCCACUCACUCAGGACCGGAGAGCAGUUUUCGAGGACGGUGCGCAUAAAGCGAUUUGAUGGUGUGUACCGAUGGUUCUACGCCAGGGCCGUGGCAUCCAAAGACAAGAGGGGUGUCAUCAUGCAGUUCCUCGGCUCGUACAUGGACAUCCACGAUCAGCACAUCGCCGAGUUGAGGGCGGCCCGGCAAGAGGAGAUUGAAGCUUCAGAGGCCAAACACCGCUUACUUGCUAACCUUAUCCCUCAGAUCAUCUUCACCGCCACCGAAGAUGAGGGCAUCACCUUUGCCAACGAGCAGUGGCUCUCGUACACGGGCCAAAGCUUCGAUGGUGCGAUGAACUUGGGCUUCAUGGACCACGUCCAUCCAGACGACUUGGCGCGCUGUCGACUGCCAACAGAGAGCCGCCGACAGGAGUCCAAGGAAGCCGUCAAAGUUGGGAAAGACAAGACAUCUGGCAAGGCCGGGUCUCCCACUUUAUCUUCUGUAUCAGCUCGAGGCCCUGGUACGAAGCCGGUGCCUCCCGGCUCGUCUGGGAACCCCAGUCCUCCCUCGCAGCACGGCCAAGAGUUGGUGUCACCUGCCGACCUGACAGAGCUGGCAAGGAGGGGCAUCAUCAAGGUCACAACCGACACGAGCGGUAGACUCUCGUACACAACCGAGGUCCGGUUGCGCUCGAAGACCGGAGAGUACCGCUGGCACCUCAUCCGCUGUGUGGAAAUCGAUACAAUCGACUUCGGCCGCGGUGCUAGCUCGUACUUCGGUUCUGCUACAGACAUCAAUGACCACAAGAUCCUCGAGACGAAACUCAAGGUCGCCAUGGAGUCUAAAGCCAGGUUCCUGAGCAACAUGUCCCAUGAAAUCAGGACACCACUCAUCGGCAUCUCGGGAAUGGUCAGCUUUCUUCAGGACACAACAUUGGAUGAGGAACAGCGCGAUUAUACCAACACCAUUCAGACCAGCGCAAACAGCCUAAUUAUGAUCAUCAACGACAUUUUGGACCUCUCCAAAGUCGACGCCGGAAUGAUGAAGCUCAAGUUUGAGUGGUUCCAUACGCGGUCUCUGAUAGAGGACGUCAACGAACUUGUGUCCACAAUGGCAAUUGCGAAGCGCCUCGAGCUCAACUAUCUUGUGGAUGCAGACGUGCCCGCUUGGGUCAAGGGAGACAAGGUCCGCAUCCGGCAGGUGUUGCUCAACGUCAUUGGCAAUGCUAUCAAGUUCACUACCGAAGGAGAGGUGUUUAGUCGAUGCCAAGUGUACACAGAGGCCUCUUCCAAACACGGCGAGAACGAGAUCGUGCUCCAGUUUGCCAUAACCGACACUGGACGCGGGUUCUCCAAGGAGGAGGCCGAGCUCAUUUUCAAGCCGUUCAGUCAGAUCGACGGCAGCAGCACACGACAGCACGGCGGAAGUGGACUCGGCCUCGUCAUCUCCAGGCAGCUCGUUGAACUCCAUGGCGGCAAGAUGGAGGGAAGCGCGGAACCGGGCAAAGGGUCCACGUUCACGUUCACGGCAAAGUUUGCUCUUCCCACACCCGAAGACCACCCCGACCAGCUCCCAAGCAGUUCUGUCGCAAGUCGACAAAGCUCGUCGGAAAGCGUGACCCAGUCAAAGAAGCAGGUUCCGGCGAUUGAACAUUUGCAGGGUGGUAAAGGAAAGCCGCAUGGCGCCGUCGAGGCCGAGCCGUCGGCCGCGGGUGCGACCUCCGCCGGUAGUUCCGGUGCGUCUGUUUACUCGGGCCGGACACAUGUCACAGAUGCCUCGUCAACCACGUCGGCAAGCACGGGUUUGGCCCGAUUCAGCGAGGCAGCCAAGGCCAGUGGACAAGACCUCUCUCAGAUGCAACUCGAAAUGCGCUUCGACAAGGGGUCACCAGGUCGUACCGCGACUCCCGACAGCACCCUCCACCCCUCGCCCGAUCUGAGGCCACCCAUGUAUUCCAUUCUCAUCAUCUGCCCGCAGUACCAUAGCCGGGAAGCAACGACGCAGCACAUUGAGAUGACGCUCCCCAAGGACGUGCCGCAUCAGAUUACGGCUCUCGGCACCGUCGAAGAGGCGCAAAAGUUCAUCGGCGGCGAGGACCCCAUCAACUUUACCCAUAUUGUUCUCAACCUCCCGUUGGCGGAGACAAUCAUCAACAUGAUGGAGCAGAUCACUAAGUCUCAGAAGCUCGACAGGACAACCAUCGUCAUCCUCUCGGACUCGGUACAGCGCCAGGCUGUCCUGAGGCAAGCCGCAGACACGCCACACCAGAGCCUGUUCGCGGACAACUCAGUGACCUUCAUCUACAAACCGGUCAAGCCGUCGCGCUUCGCGGUCAUAUUCGAUCCGGAUAAAGUACGGGAGCUCAGUACGGAUCGGAACCGGUCCACCGCGCAGCAGAUGGUGGAGAAUCAAAAGGCCAGCUAUCAGGAGAUCGAGCGGCGCAUGGGCAACAAGGGGUACAGAGUCUUGCUGGUCGAGGACAACCCUGUCAACCAGAAGGUCUUGAUAAAGUACCUGAAGAAGAUUGGCGUAGAUGUUGACGUCGCCGUGGACGGCGUCGAGUGCACCGAUAAGGUGCUGUCGAUGCCCCACAACCACUACUCCCUGAUCUUGUGUGACCUACACAUGCCGCGCAAAGACGGCUACCAAGCGUGCCGUGAGAUCAGGCAGUGGGAGGAGGCCAGCCAGUUGCCCAAGAUGCCUAUAAUUGCGCUGUCCGCGAACGUCAUGUCUGACGUGCAGGACAAGUGCAUAAGCGCUGGCUUCAGCGACUAUGUCACGAAGCCGGUCGACUUUAUUGACCUGAGCAGAGCCAUGGCCAAGUUCUUCUGA